CACUUUCUUUAGUUGCAAACAUACUUUUUACUGUCGGUGCUGUCGUUUUGUUUUGUCUCAGUUAUUUAAUGAUAAAUACACAUAAACAGAAUCCCAGUCAAUGUUUUUGAAUGACAGCUCAGCCACAGACUCGGAGUGGGUGGUGGAUUAGGUGUCACGUCCCAGUCUGGUGGUCUUUACUUACAAACACCUUUACAGACUACACAACAAGUCUUUAAACCACAGUCAUGGACCUGAAUGCACCACAGAGCAAAAACAUCUGCUUUAGGUUUCACAGAGAAACAGGAGUCAUUUUGUUUGAGUGCAGAAGUGGGUCAGUGAACUCAGCACACAGCAGGCCAGCUGACUCCCCAGAGUCUGACUGCACUGACCCAUCAACCCAGCGACCUCCACCUAAAUGGUGAAGUCCAGCUGAGCUCCACCAGUAACGUCUCGGUGAUGUGUUUAAGUAUUUCCUGUCAUGAGUGGAACUUCUAGUUGUGGUUGUACGGGAGAUGGGAGGUGUAGAUGAAGUUCUCCACCUGGCCGGGUGCAUGCUGAUGGAGGCUUCUCUGUUUCCAGUGCUUUCCGCUUUUAAUCUCUAUUCAAUCAUCUUUAUUCAGCAGCCCAAUCACGCCGUUUUACACGAAUGCACGCGCUAAGUAAUAAUAACAUCUUCAACACACGUUACGUCUCGAAGUCUCGCGAUGUUUCUUCCGGGUGACGUCACUCCGGAUGAGAUUUCUGUCCAAACACAGAUGGUGUCGCCCUGAUCGUCCAUGUGGCUCCAGGUCUGCUGAAAAAGCCUCACACCGUGAUCGGAACUUAUUUAAUUUUAUUAUAUCUGACGAGCCGACCCGCUCUGACAGGACCCGGAAAUGCAGCACGACGACGUGAUCUGGGACAUCAUUGGAAACACGCAGUUCUGCUCCUUCAAAGUGAAGACCAAGAGUCAGAACUUCUGCCGGAAUGAGUACAACGUCACGGGUCUGUGUAACCGCUCGUCCUGCCCGCUCGCCAACAGCCAGUACGCCACCAUCAGGGAGGAGAAAGGUCAGUGCUUCCUCUACAUGAAGGUCAUCGAGAGGGCGGCUUUUCCUGCCAGGAUGUGGGAGAAGGUGAAGCUCAGUAAGAACUACGAGAAGGCUCUGGAACAGAUAGAUGAGAACUUGAUCUACUGGCCUCGAUUCAUCCGACACAAAUGCAAACAGAGGUUCACCAAAAUCACCCAGUACCUGAUCCGCAUGCGCAAACUGGUCCUCAAAAGGCAGAGGAAGCUGGUUCCUCUCAGCAGGAAGGUGGAGACCAGAGAGAGGAGGAAGGAGGAGAAGGCUCUGAUUGCUGCUCAGCUGGAUAACGCCAUCGAGAAGGAGCUGCUGGAGCGACUUAAACAGGGAACGUACGGAGACAUCUACAACUUCCCCGUGCACGCCUUCGACCGAGCGCUGGAGCAGCAGGACCAGGAGAGCGAGUCAGAGGAGGAAGAAGAAGAGGAGGAGGACGACGAGGAUGUCGGGCAGAGAGAGUUCGUAGCAGAAGAAGAAGUGGAGGAGAGCGACCUGAGCGACUUCGAGGACAUGAACAAGCUGAAGACGAGCAGCGAUGAGGAGGAGCAGGACGAGUCCAGCGAGGAGGAGGUUGAAGAGGAGAUGGAGGUGCAGACGAAGGCUUCGCGGUCUAAAGGCAAAUCUCCGGCGAACGGCUCGGCGGCGAGGAAGAAGCGAGCGUACGUGGAGAUCGAGUACGAGCAGGAGACAGAGCCCGCCUCCAAGAGCAGAGCCACGUAGUGACGCUGUGUCCUCGAAGCAAACUUGGACUGCUGAGGACACGCCCCCUCGCUCCCUCACCAUGUGUUACCACGGCAACAUUACAUAGCUGAGGGGAUUGUCCGAUCAGCUGUUCUGUUCAUGUUUAAAGUCUCGCUCGGCUGGAAGUCAUGUGACCAGCACAGAAAGACACUGAUAGGCCCGCAGCUGAUCACAAUAUUGAUUAAUUGGCCUGUGAUAAUCAAACAGCCUGAUCAGAAUGAAUUUUCCCGUUUCACACUUUAAAGAUGAAUCCACGACUCGCUGCAUGUGUGAUCACAUGACGGCUGCUUUCACUUCAAACAUGAGCAGGAAGUGGAGCCAAAAACAGAACAUUACGUGAGGAAGCACCCACAGUGACGCGAACGACGACUUUCUGUUCGCCGCGCUAACGGAGAGAGGACGGACGUGAAUGUUUUUCUGAACCCUGUAAACAUUUUUAUGUUUGAAAUAAAAAUAAACUUCCUGCUUUGAA